AUGAUGAUUAUUACAUUUCUAUUAUUGAUCUUUUCAUUAAUUAAUUUAACAACAGGUCAAAUUCCCAAUCCUAUUCGAUAUCGAAUUACUGUGACAAAUAAUUUAUCUCGACAGCAUUAUGCUAUAGAUAAAAUAUUUUAUAAAAUGAGUCGUAAAGGAUAUGCACUUGAUCAGGAUCCAUCAACAGUUAGUAACAGUCAAACUAUAUAUGUUCCUAGUGAAGGUCGAACUUAUGAAUUUAAUCUUAAAUCCUCACCUCCAUGCAUUGCAAAUCGAGGUGCAUUCACUAAUGGCUUGGAUUAUUGGACUGAUAUUGUCAAAGGAUAUGGUGGAGAAAAUAAAACAUAUGACGAAAUUAUCAUUGAUGACGAUUGUGGUGGACCCUGUUUAACAUGGUUGGUUCAUUAUGAUUCCACUGCUGUUGGAUAUACUAUUGACAAUCGAUUAUAUAUUAGACAAGUAGAUUCUACGCCGAUUAAAAUCAAUACGACAUUACAUGAUCUUUAUACAGGAAAAUUUGUUUCAACUACUAUAACUAGAUUCACGGAUUGGAGUUUACGUAAAAUACCUAAUUCAGAAUUUGAAUUUCCGAUUGAUACUAAGCAAUGUUAUUUUGCUUAA